CACACACACGUUUCUGUGGAAGUGCAGAGAGGAGGCAGGGAAGCGUCGCUGGAGCGGGGAAUGAUGGCGGAGAGCGAGAAGGAACAAGUUUGAUACCGGAGCCAAGCUGGAAUCUCGGGCGAGCUUUUCGGCGUCUCACUCGGUAAAGCAACUAGAUGACUUCACUUGAGUCGAGAAAACAGUGCUCCAGAAAAUCUCUGCUGGACCCAUGGCAAUGGUUGCCUGAACUUGUACUGUAGUUCUCCAUAAAAACAUUUGCAAGAGGUCAUUUGUUUUAAAACCAAGCUGCAGGAAUAAACAACCAAAAUGAUCAAAACGGAAAGCAAAGGAGGGGAGAGGAGCCUAAGAAGUGCGUCACCUCAUAGAAACGCAUACAAGUCUGACUUCCAUGCCAUUAAAUGCACCUUCGAUGGGACAAAGCCUGAGGAUACAUCCAGAUCGUUUGCAAAUGGAUCCAAUGAAACCAAGGAAGAGUCGCGGGGCAGGCCUUUUGGAACCAGAGUGAAUAAGAUCAAGAACAUAUUCCUACAAAUGGAUGGACAGCAACAGGAGUCUCAAGAAGGGAAACCAGCUUUAAAGUCUGAAGUUCCACAUAGUUCACCAACAAAGCUGCAGUUCCCAGUCAACACUCACAGAGUUCAUUUGAACAGCUCUUCAAACCCUGAAUUCCAAAAUUUAGAUAAAACACCCAAAGGGGAAGAUGUUGAGAUUGACAAAGUGGCUUUGGCCGAGAAGUUUUCUGUGACCAGAAAACUCUUUGAAAGAGGGAUCAAAGAGCAGCCGAUAGCAGAAAAACAGUCCACAACGAGAGUGGUUCAUCGGUUCUCCCUUGGAAGUACCUCAGAUGAAGACAAAAGCACAAGGAGACUGUCAGAAAGCAAAGAGAGUGCUGCCAAACUGCAGCAAACUCAUACAUCUCCUGCUAAAACUUGCUCUGAUGAGUUAGCUGAUGGCGAAAGAAGGCAUGUGUCUAGAGUGUCACUCAAUGCAGGGCCUUUGUCAAAGAGGUUAGAAAAUUAUAUAGUAGAGAAUGACUCAGAUGACAACAACACAUUGGUGGGGAAAGGAGGCGUGGCAUCGGCUAAACAACACACUACCGCUCAACACACGCAGCCUACAUUUGUGUCCACAGCUGGUUUACACAAACCUACUUCUCCUGUUAAGGAAGCUACUGACUCUUCUUCAGUCAAUAUACUCAUCAAAAAUAAAGACAACAAAUCUGGAUCAUGGGGAUCAAAUUUAGGUAAUAAAUCAACAAUGCCAGCUAUUGUUACUGGUUCCUCAAUGGCAAAUACAACUCCAAAACUUUGCUCAUCAGAGCAACCGACCUUAGUUACCCAUGACAACAAGUUCCCCUCCUUGUCUGUUGAUAAAUUUAAUAGGACAUCUGUUGGUGAUAGAGGUAAACCGUCUAGUUCCCCCCCAAGGGAUGAGGAACAGCCUUUGCUGUCAGCUGGUGGAUUGCUAAAUAAACAGGCAGAAAAACCCAAGAGUAAUGAUGGCCCAGCUCUUGGCCAAACAGGGCCUGACUCCAGAGGGGGGAGCACAGUCCGAGCCGAACUGGUGGUGGUACAGAACGAAUCCUCUGACAGCGAAGAGGACGAUAUCGCUGAAGAUAAUGUAAUUGAGAAAAAGGAAUGCGUCAAAGACCUACAGAGAGGCUUUCAAACAGGACAAAGCCUCAACCCUGCUCAUCAGAACCUUUCACAAGAGGAUACAGAUGAUGAAAGGGAGGGAGAUGCCUUAGAUGGUGGUUUAGAGAAGGAGCAUGAGGGCUUAGUUGUGAGUCAGGAUUGUAACAAUACCUACGAAGAUGAUGAAGAAGCAGCGGAGGCGGAUGAUACACCAGAGAAGCAAGUGGAGGAGAACAGUCUUGAUAGAGUCUCUCCUGUGGUGUAUGGUAUAGAGAAUGCAGCAUUUGUGGAUGACAGAGAUGUAGACCAGGUCAUCAGGGAAGAGGAGGAGGAGGAGGAGGAAGAUGAGGAGGAGGAGCAAACCGAUGGGGAUUAUGACGACAUUUAUGAAGUCCCUGGUCUAUCAGAGGAGGAUGAAGCUCCUCCAAAAAGGAAAAUCAAGUUCUCCACUGAUCCCAUUUUGGUCUUUAGUACCUUCUCCAAUGAGGAUUAUGAUCGCAGCAAUGAUGAUGUGGACCCAGUCGCAGCAUCUGCAGAGUACGAGCUGGAAAAGAGAGUGGAGAGGAUGGACGUGUUUCCUGUGGAGAUUGAGAAGGGGGAUAAUGGGCUUGGCAUCAGUAUCAUAGGAAUGGGAGUGGGAGCAGAUCAGGGUUUGGAAAAACUUGGAAUUUUUGUAAAAACUAUAACAGAGAACGGAGCAGCUGAGAAAGAUGGACGGAUACAGGUGAAUGACCAGAUAGUGGAAGUUGAUGGUACCAGUCUGGUGGGAGUGACCCAGCUGUUUGCUGCAACUGUCCUAAAGAACACUAAAGGCACAGUGAGGUUUCUGAUUGGUCGAGAGAAGCCAGGAACUCAGAGCGAGGUGGCCCGCCUCAUCAGUGAAACACUUGAACAGGAGAAGAACCAGCAGCAACAAGACCUGGAUGAUCCUUAUGACCACUCUACAGAGGAGGAGGAGAGGUAUGAAGACGAUGACACGAUAGAAGAACGAAUUCUUGGGUCCAAUUUCUCUCCAGGAAGAAAUGUAGAGGUGUUCGAGCUGCCUGAUUCUGAGUCGUUGUUCAUGCCAGGGGAAAUGAACAGCUCUCAGAUGGCUUUCAAAUUCAAAGAGCUGCAACUGAAGCACAGCAUUGCUGUGGCUGAAAUAAAUCAACUAACGGAAAAGUUAAGGAAAUCGGAGGAGGACAAAUCUUUGUGGGAAGAAAGGGAAUCUGCACUGGAGCAAAAAAUUGAGGAGAGCAAUGAAAAAAUCUUAAAGCUGGAGAAUUACUGGCUGGAAGCCCAGGCUGUGUGCAAGAGUGUGAAUGAGCAAUUAGCCGAGAAUCAGGCUCAGUAUGAGGCCCUGGACAAGAAGUACAACAAGGCCAAAAAACUUCUCAAAGACUACCAGCAGAAGGAAAUAGAUUUUGUGAAGAAAGAGGAAGAACUGAAAAAGAUCCUAGAUGAAAAAGACAAGUGGUACAAGGAGCAGCUGGGGAGCUUACAGAACAGGAUUGCUGCCCUGGAGUCCAGAGGUGCUUCAGCUGUGGAAUGCCAUAGUGGUCUGGACUCUGCUGCUGAAGAGAGACUUGGCAGACAGGACUCGGUUUCUAACUCACAAUCUAAUGAUUCACUGUUAGAUCAAGACUGGACUGAACUGGUUCCUGAAACCAGGCUCCUGGACACCAGUGCUCAGCGGGCAAAAUGCCGGCUGGCUCAGAUGAGCAGGCGUCAGGCUCCGUCUCGGUCCAAAUUGAAAGAAACCUUAGCCAGUCCAUCUCGCCAUUCUCAGGAAACUGAAGAAGAGGACGAGCAGGAGGAGCAGGAAUCUGCUGGGAGGCGGCGGUCAGUGCAGGAGAGUCUGGCCCUCCCUGUCAACGUCUGCUAUCCUGGAAACGGACAGAAAGACAUUCAAGGCGAGACCAGAGAUGCUUCCAAGAGCAAAGCGGAGAUGUCCAGUAGUCCAUCUCUGUCACCAUCGCUGGGGGAUAGUAUUGAAAGCAGUGGUAGUCCGUUGUCUUCCCCAAAACACACCUCCUCACCACAAUCUCCCUCUGGUUUUAUGCGAAACGCUAAGAAGAGGGAAUCCAAAGGCAAAGGGAAGGAACUCAAAGAGGAGCUCAGCGAGCCUUCUACUUCAAAACAUAAGAGACGGUUUCCAGAUUUUGGAGGCCUUCGCAAGUCUGGUGGCAAAGGGAAAAAAGACAAAGACAAAGAGGCCAUGAGAGCUUCUCUGGAGAGCAGGGGGUCUGCAGAGUUACUAGAGGAAUCCGGAGGGAACCUUUCUCCUGCAGAGUCGAUGACCUCUGUCCCCACCUGUAUGCCGUUCUCCUGGUUUGGAGACAAAGACAGGGACAGAGAGCCGUCCUCAUCCACUAGCAGCUUGCCAUAUACUACAAAUGAAACCAGCAGUGAGCAAAGCCAGGACCGUAGACAUAAGACAAAUCUCUCCUGGUCCUCUUUAUUCAGUCGCUCGUUAGAUUUGAGUUUUUCAGUCAUAGAUGAUUCUAGCCCUGCCAGCGCCAGUUCAGACAUCUCUGGGUUAGUCGCUGAACCCAAUCUGUCUGGGCGCUCACACACUUUAAUCUUCUCUUCCAGCGAGACCUUGGAUGAUGAACCAAUCCCUGUUGGAAAAGAAUAUCAGUGGCAGAACCGGCCCAUCUCUGAGUGGACCCAUCAGCAGGUCUGUCACUGGUUAAUGGGCAUGAAUAUGGACCAGUACACACCUGAAUUCACUGCAAAGGGAAUCGAUGGCCAGCAGCUUCUGCACUUAGACAGUGACAAACUGAAGGCACUUGGUGUGUCCAGUCAAAGUGACCGCUCUACUAUCAAAAAGAAGCUGAAGGAAAUGCGGAAGGCCCAGGAGAAGCUGGAAAAACAGCGAGAGAAAAGAGAGAAGGAGGGUCGACGCAGUGGGAGACUACCAGUCCAGGGUGACUCUAUCUGCUGAUCGGAGCCGUUUCCCCUGAUUGAAGCCUUCCCUUGACUUUUAAUCCUGUUCAGAACUUCAAAAAGACAUUUGUUCUUCUUAAUUCCAUGAUGUUUCUUCAAGAAAACCACAGUGGAUAACACUGCUAGUUUGGCCAGCUGGGACUUCCUGUGUUUAACUUUUGUUAUUAUGUUUGGCCAUUUUUUACCUGUGCAGCUGUUCCUAUGCCUUAUUUUUUUCCUCCACAAUCCAGAGACACAAAAUGAAUGAACUAGAGUCUCUAAAUGUCCCCUUGAUUUAGGUUUAACUUUGAUUAUUUGUCUCUGACUGACAACCAUCCUUCUGUGACUCUACAGGAUAAAUGGAGUUGAUUCUAGGUCUUCUCAGACUCUUAAAGGACCAGAGGUGGUUCUUGAUAUUCUUAAUAUUCCUUUUAUCACAUGCAUUAACUUUUUUUUUUAAUGUUUGGUAAAAGACCAAGAAAAAAAAAAAAAGAGAUUCUAACAUUUUUACCACUUAAAAGAUUGACACUAUAAUUAAUGAGAUUCAUUUUCUAUUAUAAUGUAGUUUUUGCAAAUCAUGCACAAAUUGACUGAUGGAAGGCAAAUGUAUGUGGCUUUUUUUUAUAUAUAUAUACAUGUGUGUACGUGUUGAAAUGCUAUGUCUGAGUAUGUUCAGGUUUUGGCUGGAACACUUAUUGUACAGUUCAGAUAAAAGCACUAUUAGUCUCUUAAGCGUCAAAGGGCAGCAAGGUUUUAAAUGUAUAAAUAUGUUUUAUACAUGUGCCUGUAAACUGCAUUUUUACUUAAAUUCCUUUUUUUAUUUUUUACUAUCUUAAAUUUUUCUACUAAGUAGAAUAUCCAAGCUAUUUUUCUCUUUAUGGCUGAAAGGAAAGAACUGAGAUUAUUACCUAGUAGGGACCAGGUGAAUGCUGCUGCUGGGUGCCUGACUCUGUUUGGUACCAGGAUGCUCUGUAAAGUGAUGAGGACCUGUUCAUCGAUUGCCGUUUCACAUGUGACUGCAGGGCUAAACGAAGAAUAUUCACCUUGAAACCGAAGUGCUUUCUUAAUUCUUAAAUCUAACCCCAAGUUUGUUUGAAAUAUUAAAUGUUAGACCAAAAGAAAACAAUGUUUUCUAAACUCAGUGAAUCUAAUCUUGGUACAUGCAGCAUCAAUAAACUAAUAAUCACCUCUUAUGGUAUGUAUUGCAUUUUUAUGACUUUUCAUUCUAAAUUAGGAGUCGGUGUGUUAUAAACAUGGUGACAUGUCCACCUCUGGUGAAUUUCGUUUUAAAUGACCAUAGCAAUGUAAUUUACAAGGAAAGUGCACCCAGAAUACCCUGAAAUGUGUGGUAAGAGACCAAUAAAUGUGAUCCAAGCUCAUCUUAUAGGUGUAAGCCAGACCAUUAGCAGCCAUCCACAGUUCAGCUUUCUAAUGACCCUUUUCCACUCUGUUAAUAGGGUUUUAGUUUUGUUACCAUUACAAGGUACCAGCCCCAAUUUUAGUACCGUCCUGGUUGGGGUUUCAAGAGGUCUUCUGCAAUGUUAGACAG